AUGGAGUGGUUAACGAGCGCCGAGGGCGUGAAUGCCCGUCAGGAGUUGGAGGCGUCCGUUCGUGAGCACCACCCUAACUUGCGUGACGAGGAGGUCGACCUCAUUGUGGACGGUCGUCUACUACGCAUGGUUCGGGAGCGCGCGGCGGAGCAAGCACCUGCGAGCGGCCAGCAAGGAGGAGCCGGUGAAGGAGGAGCAGCGUACGAGGCUCCUGGUGCCAUAGGCAUUGGAGGAAGAGCUAUUGCACCGACCAUUGACACGGGAAUGAUCGGGACGAGCUACGGCCAAUUCAAGUUUGGAGUAGAGCAUAUCUCCGUGAUGCCGCUGCUGGAGGGAAGGCACGACCUCACCGCGUGGGUCAGCGCCAUCCGACCUCAGCUCCAAUGCGCUGAUUUGUGGCAGUUUUGCAACGGGACAGCACCAAGCCCGGCCCCGAACAACCCUUUGCAACAAAGGGAGUACGCAAAGGGCCAAAUGCUUGCAUUCAUGGUGCUGAAUCGUUGUGUUUCUCCACCUAUCCGAAUGUCUCAGCAAGAGAAAGCCGGGCAGAUGGCAUGGGCAUACAUCUUGUCUACCUAUCAAGCUCGUGAUGCCCUCCACGCUUCCCUACUUCAGACCCAGCUAGCCCAACUCAGGAAGGGAGAUGAUGAGACGGCGGAAUCCUACUGCAAUAGGGCCCGCACCAUCCGAGCGGAGCUGCUGACCAUUGGACAGGAGGUCCACAUGGCCACGUUUGCCGCUCACGUGCUGAAGGGCCUGCCACCAGAGUACGGGUUCCUUCGCCGCAAGCUCGACAUUUCCAGGCUCGACAUGACGGUGGAACGUGUGUGCAGCGAGGUGUUGAUGGAGGAGCAGACUCUCCCCAUCGAACAGAGCUACAAGCAGAUCACCAGUGAUGCAUCUGCUUUCUCGGGCGCUGUCAACACGAUCGUGGCUACAACGGGGGUCAACGGGAAGGAGGGAAAAGGAGGGAAGGAGCAGACGGACAAGAAGAAGGAUGGCAAGCGGGAGAAGAAGCGAGGCCCCUUCAAGGGGCGCUGCUACAACUGCAAUGAAGAGGGACACAUGGCUGCCAAGUGCCCCAACAAGAAGAAGGAUGCAACGCCCGCAGCAGCUGCGAACGUUGCUGAAGGAGACGGGAAGGGCGUGGCGCUCACCGUCGCGUGCUCAGCUGCAAAGCUGCUGGUCAACGACAAGGACUUGUGGUUCCUUGACUCGGGAUGCUCCCAACACAUGUCCGGCCCCAAGGAGUGGUUCACGGUGAUCCGUGAUCCAUCUGCAACGAAAUCCGUCAAAGGGUUUGAUGAUUCAAUGCAAGAAGUCGCCGGUGUUGGUGAGGUUUUGCUGGAGGGCACUAACGGCUUGCUCGUGACUCUGCAUGAUGUCCUCUUUGUGCCAGGAAUGAAGGCCAACUUGGUCUCCCCUGGGCAGCUCUUGGAAAACGGAGCAAAGCUGCAAACCAAGGAAGGAGUCACUCGCAUCAUCGCAUCAGGAGGUCAAGUGGCUGCAAUGGCACGAUACCCGCCAUCGCCUUCACUGCCUUGA